UUUUACGUGAAGCUAGAUUUGACGUUGAUUUCAGUUACGGACGCCAUUGGACAACAUUAAAAGAGACAAGUCAGGUGAUAUGCAAGGAGGCCGGAGAUUUAUUGAGUGUUAUAGGCUACUGUGUGAAUAGCUCGCCCAUUCCGGAUGUGGGGCUGUAUGAUUACUAUUGAUCAUUUCGGUCUCGUUGGCUGCACGGGGGGAAUUCAGUACCCCUCGAACAGAACAGCUCCACUGCCACGGCAGUCGUUUGGAUGAGGGUCGGUCGUUCUCUGUGCCGUUUCUUAUGCCGACAACUGCGGUUCGCCAGGGUUAUAGAUACGACUGAAGUGAACUGAGCCAAGGUGCUUCCUUCUUUACCCGGGGUUACAGCCUUUCCGAGUUAGCAGUUUAUCAGAUAUAACGAGCGAUGGCUGAGUGCGGGAGGAAGGCGCAGUCUCUUCUGCAGGCUGCCCGCUCCCGAUACGAAAGCUUGCAGAUUUCGGAUGAUGUUUUUGGAGAAUCUGGGGACGACAGCAGCGAGAAUCCCUUCUACAGCACCUCGGGCGAUUCCAACUCGGAUAACUAUACAUCAGAAAGCAACGGCGGCGACCUAAGAGGAACCGAGACCGGGGAUGGCCAAUCUGGAAGAGCCCCCGGUUCGGUUUCAAAUGCUCCAGCAGAGGAAGAGGGCUGGAGCGACGCCCUCCGAGAAAUCACGAUCCCUCCGUACAAAGAUACCUGUGGUCCCACACAGAAGAUGCCAGCCACUGCCACUGCCUUGGACUUCUUCCAGCUCUUUGUGCCAGACAAUGCCAUCCAGAACAUGGUGGCACAGACCAACAUGUACGCCAAAAAGUACCAGGAGCGCUUUGGUAGUGAUGAGAGCUGGCAGAGCGUGACGGCAGCAGAGAUGAAGGCUUUCCUGGGGUUCAUGACGUCCACCAGCGUUCAGCACUGCGAGUCUGUGCUCAGUAUCUGGAGCUCCGGCUUCUUCAGCAACAAGAGCAUCGCGCCGCAGAUGAGCCAGGCUCGCUUCGAGAGAAUCCUCAAGUACUUCCACAUCGUAGCCUUCCGCUCCAGCCACAGCAACCAGGGGCUCUACAAGAUCCAGCCCUUCCUGGACUCCCUGCAGCAAGCUUUCAGCUGCACCUUCCGACCUUCCCAAACCCAGGUUCUCCAUGAGCCACUUAUUGACGAGGACCCCGUCUUCAUCACCUCAUGUACGGAGCGAGAGCUGAGGAAGAGGAAGAAGAGGAAGUUCAGCCUUUGGGUGCGGCAGUGCACAGCCACAGGCUUCAUCAGCCAGGUGUAUGUGUACCUUAAGGAGGGCCCUGGACCAGACGGUGUUGAUGCUCUGAAGAAUAAGCCACAGCUCCACCGCCUGGUGGCCAAACAGCUGUGCCACAACCUGUCCGGCCGCAACGCCAUCAUCUUCACCGGACCCAGCAUCACCAGUCUCAGCCUGUACCAGGAGUUCCAGAAGCAGGACAUCUACUGCUGUGGGCUUCUGAGCACCAGGAAGAGUGACUGCACAGGGCUGCCCCCGUCCAUGCUGUCCAACCCGGAGAAGCCCCAACACCGGGGCCAGUCCCACAUCAAGAUGAGGGGCAACAUGUCCCUGAUCUCCUGGUACAACAAGGGCACUUUCCGUUUCCUUACUAACGCCUACUCACCCAGCAAGCAAGGGGUGAUCAUUAAGAGGAAGAGUGGGGAGAUUCCCUGCCCCCUCGCCGUGGAAGCCUUCGCCGCCCACCUGAGCUACAUCUGCAAGUACGACGACAAGUACAGCAAGUACUUCAUUUUCCACAAGCCAAACAAGACGUGGCAGCAGGUGUUCUGGCUGACGGUCAGCAUCGCCAUCAACAACGCCUACAUCUUGUACAAAAUGUCCGAUGCCUACCACGUCAAACGCUACAGUCGGGCACAGUUUGGAGAGAGACUUGUGAGGGAGCUGCUGGAUCUGGAAGACUGCUCUCCCACACAGUGAAGGACUGGACACACACCAGCACACAGUCAAAUAUACUCUCUCAUUUUCAUAUUCUCUCACUCACGCACACACAAACACACAACCAUGCUCUCACAUACUUUCACUCACUCAAACAACUCACAGUCAGUCUCUCACACACACACACGCACGGACACACACACAAACCCAUCUGCUUAUGCGAGCCUCUGUGACAGGCCCCGCCCCUUUCAGUUCACUGGCAGCUCAAACCCAGCUAGGAUGAGUUUCCUCCUGAUGUGGAGAGCAGAUAUUUAUGUGGGGCUUAGUGUGAGAGGAUGUGCUAGCCUAUAUGCUAAAGAAGAUAGGGCCAUGGAAGCUGAAGGUCUGUGUGUAUAACAUAUAAAACAUCCCAGGCUAAGCAACUGUCUGAAUAACACCAUUUCCUCUGUUUUAAUUUUCAAUAGGUUAAAUAUAAAAAAAACAUUGUGAACUCUGUUGUUGGGAAGGUCACAUGUAAGCAUCUGACUACAGUAAAUCUGCAUUCUGUAACCAUGUGAAAUGUCUUAAGUGUGAGAUUUUAAUGAUUAAUUUAUGCAGAAUAAAGGCAGAAGGUGGAAGGCUUUUGUCCAUAA